AUGCAUGAGAAAGCCGAGACAUCUCGCCCCCUCUCCGUGCCGCGAAAGGCCCCGACGGCCGCGAGAGGCCCCGACGGCCAAGACUGCGGCUCCGACGUGACCGUCCGGCACAUGGCGACAGAUCUAUCUCUCGGUCCAUUCGCCAGAGGCAGCACAGCACGGCCCGUCUUACGUGUCAGGAGUCCACCUUCCUACCCAAAGUUCGCCGCGCCUCGAGCUGGUUCGGGCGCCUCUCCCGGUCGGCCGUCCGCCGCUGGGGUCCGGACGGCCGAGACGGGCGAUACAAAGGUCACCAAGAUCUCAUCAGACGUCCGAAAUCAGCUCUGUCGUUCCGUCUUCGUCCCAUCAAUCGCCCCCAAGGGCCGACGCCAGCAGGGACGGGACGGCUCCACACGCACCGGCGGGGCGGACGCGGGGAAGAAGCCGCAACGGUUCGGUGCUAGAAUGGAAAUGGCAGGUCUGCGUGUCGGUGGGAUCGAAAGGAUCUCGAGUCCACGCAGGCCGAACGCUUCAUUGGCCGCUCCAUCGGUAGGCGCAUCCGAAUCUACGACCUAG